AUGACCCUCAUUAAGGAGAAAUCUACCAAAUCGAAGAUCCUAAUGACCCUCAUUAGGGAGAAAUCUCCCAAUGGACUGCGGGAUUUCCCCCAGCAGAAGCAGACAGAGGGUCUCUGCAUUGUGGCCCUCAGUAGCCAGUGGCUGGACAUUUACACGAACCGAACCCCGGGGCGCCGGCCGGUCGGAGUGGGCUGGCAGAGGCGGCAAGGCGGCUCCUGUGACCACGCAGACUCCACGGGGCACGUGCAGUMGGCCCCAGAGAACAGGAAGUACAGGACCCCCAUAAAAGUGGAGCUGCGUCCAGGUCCAGACCGUGGGCAUCAGGAGCCGGAGUGGCACCGGGAACAAGCAGAYUGGGAGCACUGUGGUGCCCAGGCCCACAUCAACAGGAACGCCGAGAGAACCAGCCCCACACCCCACCAGGAGCACCGGGAGCAGGAGCCACAUCCAGCCAUGCACCGCGCUGGGAGCACCAGUGGAGUGAGGAGUGGCAUUUGUGCCAGCGUCACACCGGGAGCACUGCAGCGCUGUGGAAGCACGAGAGCCGURUGGCAUCCCACCCCCUAUGGCACCGAGAGCACCAGGGUCUUCAUCCUACUGCUGCACGAGGAACCCGUGAGACAGUUUGACAUGUGGAGGGACUACCUGGGGCUGGCAUCUCUGCUGCCCACUCUCCAUGACCCUGCAGGUGUUCAGGACCCCUCGGUGCUGCCAGGCCCCCCAGCUCCRAGUGCAGGGCCGGCUCUGUGUGCUGGGCCAGCUCUGCAUGCAGAGCCAGCUCCGCAUGCAGGGCCAGCUCCGUGUGCUGUGACAGCUCCACGUGCAGAGCCGGCUCUGCAUGGCUGGCUCCGCAUGCAGGGCCUGCUCCGCGUGCUGCCACAGCUCCGCGUGCAGGGCCGGCUCCGCGUGCUGCCACAGCUCCGCGUGCUGCCACAGCUCCGCGUGCUGCCAAAGCUCCGCGUGCUGCCACAGCUCCGCGUGCACGGCCAGCUCCGCGUGCACGGCCAGCUCCGCGUGAAGGGCUGGUUCUGUGUGCAGGGCCAGCUCCGUGUGCUGUGA